UCGUGUCCAAACAUUAACCUUGAGUCUUGCCCUCCUCUGUCAUCUAUCCACGCCCGAACCCGAAAAAAAAUCUCAACAGAGAAAAACCCACAAAAGCUUUUGAGCUUUGGUAGUAAUGGCGGGUUUGGCAAUUUCACCUCCUCUCGGUCUUUCCUUCUCUUCUAGAACCAGAAACCCUAAACCCACUUCGUAUCUAUCUCACAAUCAAAGAAAUCCUGCAACGCGUAUAGUUUCUGCGCUUCCGAGUCCGUAUGGCGAUUCUCUGAAAGCUGGACUUUCGAGUAACGUUUCUGGAUCCCCAAUAAAGCUUGACAACAAUGAUCCUCUUAGCGUUGCGCCAAGAUUUGGAGUGAUAGAGGCGAAAAAGGGAAACCCGCCUGUUAUGCCUUCAGUGAUGACCCCUGGAGGACCUUUAGAUCUUUCCUCUGUAUUAUUCCGCAACCGCAUUAUCUUCAUUGGGCAACCAAUCAACGCACAGGUUGCUCAGCGAGUCAUAUCUCAGCUUGUAACCCUUGCAUCUAUUGAUGAUAAAUCCGACAUCCUGAUGUACUUGAAUUGCCCCGGAGGCAGCACCUACUCCGUCUUAGCAAUCUAUGACUGUAUGUCCUGGAUAAAGCCUAAAGUUGGAACGGUGGCGUUUGGAGUCGCAGCGAGCCAAGGAGCACUUCUUCUUGCUGGAGGUGAAAAAGGAAUGCGCUAUGCAAUGCCAAACACUCGUGUCAUGAUACAUCAACCGCAAACUGGAUGCGGAGGACAUGUGGAGGACGUGAGGAGACAGGUGAAUGAAGCCAUCGAGGCCCGACAAAAAAUUGACAGGAUGUAUUCAGCAUUCACUGGACAACCUCUCGAGAAAGUGCAACAAUACACUGAAAGAGAUCGUUUCUUAUCUGCUUCUGAGGCACUUGAGUUCGGGCUUAUCGAUGGUCUAUUGGAAACAGAAUACUAAAACAGCACAGAGAGAAGCUCAUUGCAAUGUUCGAACCUUCCAAUUUCAUUUAAAUUAUGAACAUUUGUAACUGACAUUUGUGCAUAAACGAGUUUGGUUUUCUUGGAUUUACAGUCUACUAAACAGAAUUCCAAACUGCCUUUGUUUUU